AUGGUUUCUUCGUACCCUUUACCGGAGGGCUUCUCCGAGUUUGAUGUGUUUUCCCUCGGAUCUUGUCUGCUUGUGGAGGGUCUGCUGGGCUUCUUUCUAAAUGCGGUCACAAUGCUUGCUUUCCUCAAAGUGAGAGAACUGAGGACUCCCAGCAAUUUCCUAGUAUUCAGUUUAGCGAUGGCUGAUAUUGGCAUCUCCAUGAACGCCACGAUCGCCGCUUUCUCCAGCUUUCUGAGGUAUUGGCCUUAUGGCUCUGAUGGAUGCCAGACUCAUGGCUUCCAGGGCUUCAUGACAGCUCUUGCCAGCAUCCACUUUGUUGCUGCCGUCGCCUGGGACAGAUAUCACCAGUACUGUACCAGGACAAAGCUGCAGUGGAGCAGUGCCAUCACUCUGGCUGUGUUUGUGUGGCUGUUCACUGCCUUCUGGUCCGCCAUGCCCCUCAUUGGCUGGGGAGAGUACGACUAUGAGCCCCUCAGGACUUGCUGCACACUGGACUACAGCAAAGGAGACAGAAACUACGUGUCCUACUUGAUUCCAAUGAGCAUCUUCAACAUGGGCAUCCAGGUGUUUGUCGUCAUGUCUUCUUACCAGUCCAUUGCACAGAAAUUCAAGAAGACAGGAAACCCCAGAUUCAACCCCAACACUCCUCUGAAGACUAUGCUGUUCUGCUGGGGGCCCUAUGGGAUCCUGGCUUUCUAUGCUGCUGUGGAGAAUGCAAACCUCGUCUCACCUAAGCUCAGAAUGAUCGCGCCUAUCCUGGCUAAGACUGCUCCCACCUUCAAUGCCCUCCUGUACGCACUGGGAAAUGAGAACUACAGAGGAGGCAUUUGGCAGUUAAUCACCGGGGAAAAGAUUGAUGUGCCUCAAAUUGAGAACAAGUCCAAAUAAACUGAGCAUACAAUAAUUA